AUGCCUCCACUCCCUGGAUUUUCCGAUAACCCGCUCAGGUCUCGCUCGGACGUGAUCAACGCAACCAUUGCUCUGCUGAAACCAUUGACCAAAUGCUUUUCCCCCGCAAAAGCUCGAAUACGAGUGCCGGUCUCAACCGCUGCCCACUUCGAUGAGAAUGCUGCCCAACUGGAAGGCUUCGCUCGCCCUCUUUGGGCGGUCGGCGCCCUUGCCAUGUCGUUGUCAUCACCAAACGUAGAUGCGGGUCAGAAAAAGGAGCUUGAAGACCUCUGCCAGCCAUGGGUUGAUGGGUUCGUCGCCGGCACAGACCCGAAACAUCCCGAGUACUGGGGAACGAUGGAUGACAUUGAUCAACGAAUGGUGGAAGCUGAGAUCUUGUCCUUUGCGCUCCUGGCUGCCCCGGAUUACUUCUACCAGCCAUUAGCGAAUGAUUCGAAAGCUAACAUCAAGAACUGGCUGCUGAGCUUACAUGAGCUGCCAAUGCCGAGGAACAAUUGGAGAUGGUUCCGAGUCUUGACCAAUCUAGCAUUGGUAAAAACAUGUGGCAAGCCACUGGAAGAUGUGAAGACCGAGAUGGAAUCAGACCUGGAUAUUCUUGACUCAUUUUACCGAUCAGAUGGAUGGUCGGCAGAUGGUUCGUGGCUUACAAGGGAGGAGGAGCUGGAGUCAUACGCUCGUUAUCGGGAAACAGGAAGAUGGGAUGCAUCAGCUGGGGUCGGGCGUCAAGUCGAUUACUAUUCAGGAAGCUUUGCCAUCCAGUUUAGCCAGCUUCUUUUUGUGCGAUUCGCGGCAGACAUUGACCCUGAGAGGGCAGAGAAGUAUCGCCAACGGGCUAGAGAUUUCAAUGUUCGGUUCUGGCGGUAUUUUGACGCGACAGGCGCGGCGAUUCCCUUUGGGCGUUCAUUGACAUACCGCUUUGCUUGCGCUGGAUAUUUUGCAGCACUUGCGUUCGCUAAUGUUCCUGGCUUAACUGGCCCGGUCAAUUCUCAAGGUGCGGUCAAGGGAUUCUUGCUUCGUCACUUGAGAUGGUGGGCGGCGAACUCAGACGACAUAUUCCACGUCGAUGGUACUCUUAACAUCGGCUGGUCAUACCCGAAUAUGUUUAUGUGCGAGGAUUACAACUCUCCACAGUCUCCUUACUGGUGCAUGAAGAGCCUCAUAGUCGUUGGGCUAUUGGAUAACGACGAGUUUUGGACUGCUGAAGAGGAGGAUUACCCCGUUGGCCAAACUUCCGUCGAGCUUGUCCCCGCUCCGCAGCAGAUACUAUGCAACCAUGAUAAUGGAAAUCACCAUUUUAUGCUGUCACCGGGCCAAUUUGUGGCCUGGCCUAUGAAGGCAGCCCAAGCCAAAUACUGCAAGUUUGCGUAUUCAUCUGCUUUCACCUUCUCUGUACCAACGGGACCGCUUAUCCAGCAGAUCGCACCUGAUAGCACUUUGGCAUUGAGUCGAGACGGAGGCGAAACUUGGGCCGUGAAGUGGAAAUGCGAAGAGCCUCGCUUUUCUACCGUCCAGUACAAUGCCGCUUCUUGUUCUGGCUCCAUGACUGUCGCCAGCGUCAAGUGGUUUCCGUGGGGAGACCAGCAGGUCUCUGUCACGACCACUCUUGUACCACCCACUGAUACAUGGCCUGACUGGCAUGUGAGGAUUCAUAGAAUCAAAGUGCAUCAGAAACUACGCUCAUUGCACAGUGUGGAGGGAGGGUUUUCGAUACUUGGCCGCCGAAAAGCAAACGAAAUGGCUCUACCUACUCUCUCGGAACUUCCAGAAAACGCGGUGCCGGGCGUUGUCGAAGGAAUCAUAGAGACGCCUGAUUCCACACUCAUCAUGUCGGCGGUAGGAGUAAGUGGAGUGGUGGCGAGCAGGCAGUUGAUUUUUAUGGGAACUACAAGUUCUCAUGCCCUCAAGCCUGACUCUAAUACCAAUUUAGGAUGCCAGAGGACGCUCAUUCCAGUAAUAUCCCAUGAAAUUGAGGGUGGCUUGGGUGCUGGCACUGCGAUUGUAUUUAUCGAGGCCUUUUUUGCCAUCUCAGAAUCGAAAGAGAGUCAGAAAAGCCCUCAAGCUCGUACCAUUCAGGAUCGAUGGGGCAACAGAACAUGGUUUGACCUGGUCAACUGGCUAUCUGUGGCAGAGUAG